AUGUUGCGCCGAUUAGCUUCUGUAAGGCACACCAACGGCCGCGGGACCCCCGACGACCAGGAGCCCAUGUCCCCCUCGCCUGGAGAUGAUGUUUCCCACCCGGAGACGACCAAGAGUGCAUCUGGAGGGCUUGCCAGCGUCUUCAAGGGGUUGGCUGGCGGAAAGCUAACCAAGUCACCACCCCCUCUCCAACCGCCUAUGGCCACCAUGACGACUGUUGCUUCUCAACCCUCUCGCGAUCGCUUCGAUGCCUUGCCCGUCACUCCCGUCUUGCGUGGCCUCCCCCAGGAGCACAUGGAGCAUUUUGCGCGGUUGAAGACGGGGCAGUUGAACGACCGCAUUGCCGGAGCAAAUGCCCUUCGCUAUGCGAUCACCGACUACCCCUUGAAUCCCAUUAUGGAGGUAUGGAGUGCCGCAAAGGACCUAAUCGAUGGUGACAAGCCAGAGAACGCUCGGGUUGCUGGAUGGAGGCUGCUGACCGAGUGCGUCAAAGACACGUCUGCCACGGAUUUCGAACGGAGAGAAUAUUUCCGGACUCUGACUGCACAAACCGCCCACCCCGACGACUUCCCUCUGCAGCUGGAAGCAUUAGAAUAUCUCACCAACCGUGGCCGGAACGUUGCGGGCUUCUACUACGACAUUUUCCCCUUAUUGACUGUGUGGCUUGCCAAUACCUUCGAUGCUGCCAGACUUGCUAGGAGGGCCAACAAAUCGGCCAAGGGAAAGACUCAAGUGACAGUCGAGGACCAAAGUUUCUCGCGCUUAUUCGCCCUCAUCCGAGAUGUUGUCAAGUUCAACUUCAAAUACGCCUCGGACGCUGCCGUUGGUCGAUUGAUGGACAACCUGCUAGAAAUAUGUAACAGGACAAGCCAAGAAGAUGAUCUGGCCGCUUGCAUCAGCGUCAUUGAUGCCAUGGUCACCUUUGGCUCGGUCCCCAACGGGAAACUGAGAGAUUGCAUUCAGGUCCUGAGCUCCAUCCAUUGUUUGGUUCCCAGUCGGCAAAAGGAUGCUUGGCAUACGCUCUCUAAUAUUUGCAAGUCGCAUCACGGUCAAUCCACCGUAAGGAUUCUGUUGGACGUAUUGCGCAACGCUCCGGCUGCUCCUGACAAAGAAAGGGAUAGGGACGUGAUCCGGGAUAUCAGAGGUGCGCUUACCGUCUUGAAGAAGCUCCUUGGAAAAUCUGCCGAAAAGGGCUAUCCAGGUGUUCCAUUGGCGCUGCUAGUUGACGGACUGGCCAACGUCUGCACGAGUAGUUCCUCUAGGGUCUCCACUGAGAUCCUGAGGCUGGUCAACUCUCUGUUCGACGAUGGCGAUGGAAUCAUCAAUCCUCUGAUUGCCGAAGAGCACUGGUCGCCAAUCUUUUCCGUGGCUGCUCAGUGUGCCGCUAAGAGCGUCCCGGCGGCCCUGAAAGAUGUUGAUCCGUCGAUCCCGCAAUCAUCCGCUCCGAAAGACGAUUCUGAGGGUGGGGAUAACAUCAACUAUCAGCUCAGAACAUUCAUCAAUCGCGUCGAAAAGCUGCUGACGGAAGAGAAAACCGAUUUCUUUCAGCGGGAGGAGUGCAUGAGAUUCCUUGCCGAGGUGCACCACGUCCUGCCGGAUUCUGCUGCGGCACUUUUGCUUGAUCAUCUUAAAGAAUUUCGCAGCUGCUAUCCAUCCGAAGUCGACUGGAAGAAGAACCUUGAGCUUGUCUUGGAAGGCAUCUAUCUUGAUCGGGGUCGCUCUGCGCCGACUCGCAUACAGGCUCUUGCGAUGGUCAUCGAAAUUUACGAUUUCCUCUGCCUUGUACGGGAUCUUGUAGAAGAGGAGAGUAUCUUCGAUCUCGUCAAACGAGUGCUAUCCGGCAUGUCCGUGGAGACUGAUGCAGUUGUCCUCCAGGAAACUGUCACGUUCAUGGUGAGGGUCGCCGAGAUAGCUGGAGCAGAACAGUUUGACUUCAUAUUGGACACUUUCAAAAAUAUAGUCUGCAAAGAGGCGGAUGAGCCAACCCCCUCGACAGGCGUCCAAAAGUUUAACGGUGCGCAACAGAUCUCCAAUCAGCCUUCCGAGGUCGGCGGUCAAUCGUUACCCAACGUUGUGACGAAAGGAACCGAUGCGUCGUUUGCGCGUAAGGCAGCCGAAGACGCAGCUCAUCCACCCCGUCUUGGAAGGCUAGAUCAAGCCGGGUUCCCUCGAACACCGAUAAGGGGUGCAUCAUAUGCGCCAGGACAGACAAUGGAGAGGUCCGGGCCUAUCAGACCUUUGCAGCAUCCCAGGCAAAUACCAUACCAAGGACAGCGAUUGUGGUCCUUGCCCGAUCCAGAGGCAUUGCCGGAGCUUCCUCGGAGUACGCCAAGCCAUCUCCUCUUUUCAUAUACCGAAGGCGCGGAUGGUGAGGCAUCGACGAAGGCCUCAAACGCGGUUUUGAAGAUGAGUUCUUGGUUGAACAUUGUGCUUAAUAUCUUCCACCAGGGAUCCGAUUGGGAGAUUUAUAGCUUUAUUCUCGCACAUUUGCCGGCACAGCUCAGUGAUCACCCGAUAUUCCAGGAUGCCAUCCCCCAACUACAAGAACUGCGAGGACACAUCUGUGAGGUAAUCCGGACCAACCGUUUUCAAGAGCCACCACUUGUGUCAGGUCUACGACGUCCAGAUGUCGCCAACUGUCUGUUCCACUCGCUCAUCAUGCUCGUCAGCUACCAUCAGCACUUCCAGAAGCUUGAUGAGGAUGAAAUCGUGAGAGCCUUCUUACAUGGCAUUGCCGACAAGACGGCAAAGACUUGUAUACACGGUUUAUCAAUCUGCUGUUACGAGUUACCCUUAUCCGUGAGCAAAUCCCUUGACAUGAUCCUCACAAGGAUGUCUCAAGUCAUCACCCAACCUUUUGUAGCGAUGCAUUUGCUCGAAUUUCUGGCUUGUCUAAGUCGUUUACCUGCUCUCUAUUCAAACUUCCGAGAUGAAGACUAUCGCGUCGUAUUUGGCAUUUGCUUUCGGUAUCUUCAAUACGUCCGAGACAAGAAGCAUCACGCUCGUAGCACGGCGCACAUGAGCGAGCCUUCAACGCCCAACAUUAUUGUAUCCGGUAGUUCGGACUUUCUUGCCCAACAGGCCAUUACGGACGACCUUCCUCAGUACGUAUACGCGCUUGCGUAUCAUGUCAUUACGUUCUGGUUCUUGGCAGUCAAGAUGCCCGAUCGUCUUGGCCAUAUUAGCUGGAUUGCCAAAAACUUGUUUACCGACGUCGAUGGCAGUGCCAGUAACGAGGAGCAAGCUCAGAUUACUCUCGACUUCAUGCAGCGUGUGGCAUUCUCAGAUGCAAGCGAUUCGGCGCAUGAUCCCUUGUUCAACAGGGAGAACUUUGGUGAGAUUCAACAAAAACGAUGGAUUAUUGGAAACAGCAUCGUCACAGUCAAACAAGCGAAGGAGUCGGGCUGGGCCGAGAUCACAAGGCGAUACCCUUCAGGAACGUCGUCCUAUGCAGUCCGGGUUGAAUUCACACCAAUGACAGCCCAGCGCACUGCAGAGAGCUCCGACGACGCAGCUUGGGAUGGACGUUUUCAAAUGGGCACAACUUUGCUCCCCAGCCAUGUCUUCCUGCAGCUCUUGGCUCCUAUGCCGCAGAUGUCUGAUCCAGCAGCUCGUCCAGUUCCCUUGCCGGACGAAGAGGCAGUCGAUCGGGCUAUUCGUUUGUUUGACAGAAACUCGGCCGUCGAUGGACACAAGGUUGGAGUGAUCUACAUCGGUGAAGGGCAGACAGAUGAGGUUGAGAUACUGGCGAAUACUAUUGGCGGACCUGAUUACCACGAAUUCCUCGAUGGCCUUGGCGUCUUGACGCGGCUUAAGGGCGCGAACUUCAACACCCAGGGACUGGACCGGGAAUACGGCACGGACGGCGAAUACUUGUAUUGCUGGCGUGACAGGGUGUCGGAGAUCAUAUUCCAUGUGAUUACGCAGAUGCCUACAGACCUAGAACGCGACCCCCGGUGCACAGCCAAAAAGCGACACAUAGGGAACGACUUUGUGAAUAUCGUUUUCAACGAUUCCGGGUUGCCGUUCAAGUUUGACACGUUUCCUUCCCAGUUCAACUACGUGUAUAUUGUGAUCACGCCAACUCCGCGCCACUCGUUUGCUUCGGCAAGACUAAUGGCAAAGCAACGGGAGGAGGAGGGCAGGAAAGCCCCAACGCCCUUCUAUAUGGUGCAGGUCAUGAGCCAGCCAGGCUUCCCAGAGAUCUCGCCGGCCGCCGAGCCCAAGGUGGUCAGUCUCACAGCACUUCCAACAUUUGUUCGCCUGCUCGCACUUAACGCGUCAGUCUUUUCGCAGAUCUGGGCCACCAGGGAGGUUGGUGAACACAUCUCACCUUGGCGCAACCGACUGCGGGAGAUCAACAGACUGCGCGAGCGCUACGGCACAAAAUCAGCUCAGCAGCAGCCAAACCUGUCCCCGCCGCCUAACAUGCUUGGCGGAGGCGGCGGCGGACUGGGCUCGUCUGUGGUGACUUCCCCUCUGGCUUCGGGUGGUCAAGGAGGUGGCAUAGCGCAGCAGUCAUUGCUCGGGCAGGAUAUCGGCGCGUCGAGACCGGUAAACGCUGUGAGGGAUAGCUUUACGAGCUUGCGCAGGUCUAGCGUGGCCACCUUCUUUACGAAUAACAGCACGGCGGACCCUACGUCACACCGGUCGUCGAUGCUGUCAACUACCACGCCUGAUACGGAGGUCAUGUUCCCGGCUCACGGAGCGGACGCACUGAUUGAGUCGGUUGAUUUCUCCAAGUGGACUUGAUAAUCUGGCUGAAUGCGGGGAAGGGAAGAAGCAGUGCUUGAUGGGGUCGAAACAAGAUAACAAACAUAUAAUGGUUAAUAUUGAUUACAAACAGAUUGGGGGAAACGGGCGGAACACACAAGAUUCGCAAAGCAAUGAAAAUUUAAGAAGGAAAAGCAGACAAAAGAAAUCAUAAUACAGGCUGGGUGGAUUGAUUGAUUGAUUGGAUGGGGUAUGUAUAGACGGCGAAGUGGCAGUCUGUUUUUGUAUGGGAGCGAAACAAAAGCGGAAAAGAAAAAAACUUGGUGUGUGUAUCCAUGGGUGAAGCAAGUUCGAAAGUCUGCAUAUGGGAUCAGGCGGGAUUGACAUGGAAAAUGGUUGAGGUUUGGGAAGUUGGUAUCAUGGGUGGGUUCAGAAAACCCAAAUCGGCGAAGAGUGUGUGGAAUGCAGAGGAUUCAAAAAUGGAGUAGUGAUAUUGAAUUGGCUCGCUCUGUUAAAAUGCUGGUUGUUGGUAGAAGCCAUGUCGGAUGAGAAGUGAGGUAGUUUGGGGAUAGUCAUUACCUAGGAGUAGGCCACCUCUAGAGAAUUUUUUUUUU